CUUUAUAAAAUGGACGACGAUUCCGGUGUCGAGGGCCCUGAGGUCGCUUUGUUGUCUCGCUCGUCUUCAGACAAUCCAAAGCAGGCUGUUCGUCGCGCAUCCAACAUGACACGAGCGGGUACCUUUAGAGCUUACUGGCUCGGCUGUGUGGUUUGCAUGGGCGGCUUUCUAUUCGGAUAUGACUCCGGUAUCAUUGGUAUGAGCUUUACAGCAACAUGUUGUUCGACACUUGCUGAAGGUGUCGUCGCGCAGNGCGGAGUUCUGACCCUUGCAUCCUUCGAGCAUGAUUUCGGAUACAGCAAGAAGCAAGCAACUCGCAACAGUUCCUUGUCAGUCGGCCUCCAACAACUGGGCGCCUUCCUCGCAUGUUUUGCCAUCUGGCCCAUCACGCAUCGAUUCGGCCGCAAAUGGGCUUUAGUCUUGUGCUCGACCAUCUUCGUCAUUGGCGCCAUCAUUCAGACUAUCAACACACAUUCCUUCGGCGCGUUUCUGGCUGCUCGGUUGAUUGCUGGCAUCGGCUUGGGAGGAAGCAGUGUAGUGGUGCCCAUGUUUUCGAGUGAGAUGGCUCCGAAGCAGCUGCGUGGUCAGAUUGGCAGCUUCUACCAGCUCUUCUAUACCCUUGGUAUAUUCACCUCGUACUGGAUCGACUACGGCGUCGGCAAGGACAUUCCGACCAGCGAGGCCAGACAAUGGCAGAUUCCCAUCGGCAUUCAGAUAUUACCCGCUGUCCUCCUCGGUCUCGGGAUGUUCACACUCAAGGAGUCAGUACGCUGGUUGACCCUGAAAGGCCGUCACCAGGAAGCUUGGGAGUCUCUGCAAUGGAUCAGAGCAGACAGCGGACCCGACGCUCAGCUCGAAAUGGACGAGAUCCGCCUCGGCGUGGAAACAGAGCUACGCGAGAAAGAAGGUUUCCAGCUCAGAGAACUCUACACCAAGCCCGACAACUUGAAGCGUACUGUCACUGCUGCCGUUGUUUUCAUUGCCCAACAAUCCACCGGAGCGACCGCAUUUGCAACAUACGGACCACAAUACUUCAAACUCCUGGUAGGAAGCAAAGGCAACGAUGAUCUUCUACUCACUGCCAUCUUCGGCGCCAUUAAAGUCGCCGCUUGUCUGACUUUUGUCCUGUUCGUCGUCGAGCGAGUGAACCGCAAGAUCGUUCUUACACUAGGUGCGCUCGGCAUGGGCGCUUGCCAGAUCUGCACCGCUGCUGUUGUCAGAUCUAAACCUGCACCUGGAGACGCUACAGUAACAUCCUCUGGCAUCGCCACCGUAGCCCUGAUCUACCUGUUCGUGAUCGCCUACAAUUUUAGCUGGGGACCCCUCCCGUGGCCAACAGUGUCCGAGAUCUUCCCCACUCGCAUCAGAGAGCCUGGCAUCGGUAUAGCCGUAUCCUCCCAAUGGCUCUGGAACUUUGUCUACUCGAUCAGCACACCCUACAUGAUCAAAAACAUGGGCUGGGGCACGUUUCUCUUCUGGGGUAUUGCAGAUCUGGCAAUUGCGGCAGGGACUUGGUUUUUCUUGGAAGAAACCAGAGGAAGGAGUUUAGAGGAUAUUACGCACACGACGGACAGAGCAAAGAGCUUUGGCGAGGAUUUGAGGUAUGAAGGAGAUGAGGGUACGGCCGUGGGUAAAGGACCUGGCGUUGAGGUUCGAUAG